AUGGUUCUUUUUUCUUUUGUUUUUCCCAUAAUUCGAUCUUUACUUGCCAGUCAUCAGUUCUCAUCAUCUGCCUUCUCUUCUUCUUCGUCUUGUUCUCUUUACACUUCUUUAUCAUUACCUUUUCUUCUCCCUCUUCCUCUUUCAUCACUCUUUUUCUCUUCUUCUUUCCUCUUCACUUUAUUCUUCUUCUUCUUCUUCUUCUUCUUCUUCUAUUUUCUUAGUUUUUCUCUUCUUCUUUCCUCUUCACUUUAUUCUUCUUCUCCUUCUUCUUCUAUUUUCUUAGUUUUUCUCUUCUUCUUUCCUCUUCACUUUAUUCUUCUCUUCUUCUUCUUCUUCUUCUUCUUCUUCUAUUUUCUUAUUUUUCUCUUCUUUCUUUCUCUUCACUUUAUUCUUCUUCUUCUUCUUCUUCCUAUUUUCUUAGUUUUCUCUUCUUCUUUCCUUAUUCUUCUUUCUUCUUCUUCUUUCUUCUUUUUCUUAGUUUUUUCUCUCUUCUUUCCUCUUCUUUUCUUUAUUCUUCUUCUAUUUUUCUUCUUCUUCUUUUCUUUAUUCUUCUUCUUCUUCUUCUUCUAUUUUCUUGGUUUUUCUUCUUCUUUCCUCUUCCGCUUUAUUCUUCUUCUUCUUCUUCUUCUUCUUCUUCUUCUUCUUCUUAAUUUUUUAUUUUUCUCUUCUUCUUUCCUCUUCACUUUAUUCUUCUUCUUCUUCUUCUUCUAUUUUCUUAGUUUUUCUCUUCUUCUUUCCUCUUCACUUUAUUCUUCUUCUCCUUCUUCUUCUAUUUUCUUAGUUUUUCUCUUCUUCUUUCCUCUUCACUUUAUUCUUCUUCUUCUUCUUCUUCUUCUUCUUCUAUUUUCUUAUUUUUCUCUUCUUCUUUCCUCUUCACUUUAUUCUUCUUCUUCUUCUUCUUCUAUUUUCUUAGUUUUUCUCUUCUUCUUUCCUCUUCACUUUAUUCUUCUUCUUCUUCUUCUUCUCCUUCUUCUUCUAUUUUCUUAUUUUUCUCUUCUUCUUUCCCUCACUUUAUUCUUCUUCUUCUUCUUCUUCUAUUUUCUUAGUUUUUCUCUUCUUCUUUCCUCUUCACUUUAUUCUUCUUCUUCUUCUUCUUCUUCUUCUUCUUCUUCUUCUUCUUCUUCUUCUUCUAUUUUCUUAUUUUCUUUCUUCUUUCCUUCUUUUAUUUUUCUUCUUCUUCUUCUUCUUUUUCUUUUUUUUCUUUCUUUUUUCUUCCUUUAUUCUUCUUCUUCUUUCCUUCUUCUUCCUUUUCUUAUUUUCUCUUCUUCUCCCUUUUCUCCUUCUUCUAUUUUCUUAGUUUUUCUCUUCUUUCCUCUCAUUCUUUAUUCUUCUUCUUCUUCUUCUUCUUCUAUUUUCUUAUUUUUCUUCUUCUUUCCUCUUUUCUUCUUCUUCUUCUUUAUUUUUCUUAAUUUUCUCUUCUUCUUUUCCCCUUCUUCUUCUUCUAUUUUCUUAGUUUUUUCUCUUCUUCUUUCCCUUUUGUUCUUCUUCUUCUUCUUCUAUUUUCUUGAUUUUCCUUUUUCUUUCCUCUUCCUUUUAUUCUUCUUCUUCUUCUUCUUCUUCUUCUUGCUUUUCUUCUUCUAUUUUUUAGUUUUUUCUUCUUUCCUCUUCCUCUUCUUCUCCUUUAUUCUUCUUUUCUCUUCUUUUCUUCCUUUAUUUUCUUAUUUUUCUCUUCUUCUUUCCUCUUCACUUUAUUCUUCUUCCUUCUUCUUCUAUUUUCUUAGUUUUUCUUCUUCUUUCCUCUUCUGUUUUCUUCUUUCCUCUUCUUCUAUUUUCUUAUUUUCUCUUCUUCUUUCUUUCACUUUAUUCUUUUCUCUUCUUCUUUCUUUCUUCUUUUUCUUUUUUUCUUCUUCUUCUUCUUUCUUUAUUUUUCUUCUUCUUUUCCUUUCUUUCUUCUUCUUUUCUUCUAGUUUUUUCUCUUCUUCUUCUUUCCUCUUCACUUUAUUCUUCUUCUUCUUCUUCUUCUUUUUUAGUUUUUUUCUUUCUUUCCUCUUCCUUUCUUCUUCUUUUCAUUUUUUCUUCUUUUUUCUCUUCUUUCCUUUCACUUUUUCUUCUUCUUCUUCUUCUUCUUCAUUUCAUUUAUUCUAUAUUCUCUCAUUUUUCUUCUAUAACUUCUCUUUUUUUUCCUUCUUCUUCAAAAUUUCUUUUUUUUCUUCUUUUUCUUCUAUUUCUUUUUCUUCUUUUUUUUCUUUUCUUUCCCUUUUCUCCUUUUAUCAUUUUUUUUCUUCUUCUUUCUUCCUCUCUUUCUUCUUCUUCUUCACUUCUACUACUACUAUCUGCUUCGUCUUCUUCUUCUAUUUCUACUUUGUGUUCAUCAUAUUCUUCCUCUUCUUCUUCUUGUAUUUCUACUUUCUCCUUCGUAUUCUUCUUCUUCUAAACUAUCUUCUUAUUUUCUUCUUCAUCAUCUUGUAUUUCUACUUUCUUCUUCGUCUUCUACUUCAAACUCCUCUUCUCCUUUUCUUCUUCUUCUUCUUCUUCUUCUUCUUCUUCUUCUUUUUCUUCUUCCGCUUUCUUCUUCGUCUUCUUCUAAUUAUUCUUCUCCUUCUUCUUCUACUUUCUUCUUCUUCUUCUUCUUUUGAUCCUAAAACUUAUUUCUUUUUAUCGUAUUUCUGCUUUCCAUUUUUUCUCUUCUCCUUCAUCUUCUAA